CAGAUGUAGCAAAUAACAAAACAAAUUCAACUUUUUUUUUUUUUUUUUUAAUUUGACUUGUUGAACAAACCAAAUGACUCCAUGAAAAUCACCUUCUACAAAAGGGCUAGUCUUGAAUUAUGAAAACAUAAGCUAAGAUGGCAGAGGUGAAACUGUAUGGAUUUUGGUAUAGUCCUUUUACUAUUAGGGUUAUAUGGGCACUAAAUCUGAAGGGUAUACCAUAUGAGCACAUAGAAGAAGAUCGUUUCAAUAAGAGUCCUCAACUUCUUCAAUAUAACCCUGUAUACAAACAGACUCCAGUGCUAGUUCAUGAUGGAAAACCCUUAUGCGAGUCCAUGCUCAUUGUCGAAUACAUUGAUGAAAUCUGGCCACAGAAUCCAUUGCUUCCAGCUGAUCCCUAUGACAAAGCUCAAGCCCGGUUUUGGAUUAAAUAUGCUGAUGACAUGUUUCCAGGAAUUGAGGCGCACUAUCGUAGCAGAAGUGAUGAAGAUCGAGAGAAAGCAAAAGAGAUUAUAUGGGAGAGACUUGGAGUUGUUGAGGAUCAGUGUCUGGGAGAUGAGAAGAAAUUCUAUGGGGGAGACACCUUUAACAUUGUAGACAUAGCUCUUGGAUCUUUUGUCCAAGUUAUUGAGGUUCAAGAGGAUAUGUUUGAAGUGAAGAUCUUGCAAAGUGAGAGGUUCCCACGCUUGAAGUUAUGGUUUAAUAAUUUCAAGGAUGUCCAAAUCAUUAAAGAAAACACCCCUGGUCAAGAGGAACUGAUAGGUUUUUUAAAGCCUCUUAUUGAAAAAAUGUUGCAAAGGAAAUGAUGGCUUCUUGAAAUGAUAUACUAUCAUCAUGGAUCAUCUCGUCAUCAUGUGUAUUCCUUUAUGUUGUCUGGUUUCAUUUGUUUUAAUAUUAAGAGUAUGUACGUCAAGUUUAAUAAAGUUAUGGUUUACUUA